UAGGAUGGCUGCCAUCCUGAUUCCUGCAGCUCCAACAGGUUGGAAAGAGCGCAAAGAAGACGUUUGCAAUUGCAAGAGAUCUUUUUGCGCAGGGUUAGGUUUAAGUGGCUGCGUCUCUCUUUGCAGCUUUGGGGCACCAAUGGAAUAAGAAGGCAUUUUCUCUUUCUUUUAGGGUGGGUGGUGGGUGGGGAGGUCCUGUCUGCUGCUCCAGGGACCCUUCCUUCCAAGGUUUCCUUGGCUCUGCUGGACUUUGCAGAGAGGCAUCGAGGAGCCAAAGAGGUUGAAAGUGCAGGGUUUCGCUUGGGAUUGCGCGCAAGACCCAUCUCACUUUGGAGGCAAAGCUUGGAUGCAGUUGGGAAGGCUGACUUUCCCUUAAAGGACUCCCAUCCGGAGGACUGCCGUCACCAUAAGCCCAUCGAGGACAGAUGACAAGAGAGGGGUCUUGACCAUGAGUCCAAAAGGAGCUUCUUGCAGCUAGAGCUGACCUUACUCAUUUUACAUUGAGGGAUGUUGCAAAGCCCAAUGGCAUGGACCUCAGAACGUGAGGUGCAAGAAGAUGGCCAGUGCCAAGCCAACGGGACUCUCUUGGGAAAUCACCUGGUUUACAGUCGUCACCAUCUGUGCCCAUCUACAGACGAGAGCAGAGCAAUCCCAAGGUGCAUACUUCUUGCCUGAGUUUGCACUCUCUCCGCAAGGAAGUUUCUUGGAAGAUACCGCAGGAGAACAGUUCCUUACCUACCGCUAUGAUGAUCAGACCUCAAAAGUUACUCAGUCAGAUGAAGAUAAAGAAGGUGGCUGGGAUGCUUGGGGAGCUUGGAGUGAUUGCUCUCGUACUUGUGGAGGAGGUGCAUCCUAUUCUCUGCGGAGGUGUUUAAAUGGCAGGAACUGUGAAGGCAGGAAUAUCCGAUAUAAAACCUGCAGCAAUAAUGACUGCCCUUCAGAUGCCGGUGAUUUCCGAUCUCAGCAGUGUUCAGCCUACAAUGACGUCAAGUACCAAGGACAUUUCUAUGAAUGGAUCCCUGUUUAUGAUGAUUCUAGCUCUCCUUGUGCCCUGAAAUGCCAAGCCUUGGGGCAACUGUUGGUAGUGGAGCUUGCCCCCAAAGUGCUGGAUGGGACUCGUUGUAAUGCUAAAUCCCUGGACAUGUGCAUCAGUGGAAUAUGCCAGGCAGUCGGCUGUGAUCGACAACUUGGGAGUCAUGCCAAGGAAGACAACUGUGGAAUCUGCGCAGGAGAUGGUUCAACCUGCAGGCUGGUGAGAGGGCAAACUAAGAUACAUCUCUCAGCAGAAAAAAGGGAGGAAACUGUGAUUGCUGUUCCACACGGGAGUCGCAGUGCAAGAAUUACAGUGAAAGGACCAGCACACCUUGUGAUUGAAUCAAAGACAUUACAUGGAGACAGGGGAGAACACAGCUUUGGUACCCCUGGGAUCUUCAUCAUUGAAAACACAACGGUUGAAUUUCAGAAGGGCUCAGAAAGAGAAACUAUAAAAAUCCCAGGACCCCUCGGAGCAGAUUUCAUUAUCAAGACCAGGUAUACUGCCCCCAAAGACAGCGUGGUUCAGUUCUUUUUCUAUCAACCCAUAAGUCAUCAGUGGAGACAGACUGAGUUCUUCCCUUGCACUGUGACAUGUGGAGGAGGUUAUCAGCUGAAUUCUGCAGAGUGUGUGGAUAUCCGUUCAAAGCGUGUUGUGCCAGAUCAGUAUUGCAAUUACUACCCAGAAAAUAAGAAACCAAAGCCUAAACUGAAGGAAUGCAACAUGGAUCCUUGUCCUUCAAGUGAUGGAUUUAAAGAAAUCAUGCCCUACGAUCACUUCCAGCCACUUCCUCGCUGGGAACACAAUCCAUGGACUUCAUGUUCAGUUUCAUGCGGAGGUGGUAUUCAGCGGAGGAGUUUUGUGUGUGUAGAGGAGACCAUGCAUGGAGAGAUCUUGCAAGUAGAGGAGUGGAAAUGCAUGUAUGCCCCUAAACCGAAAAUCAUGCAAGCUUGCAAUCUGUACGAUUGCCCUAAAUGGGUAGCUUUGGAAUGGUCACAGUGUACGGUGACAUGUGGCCGAGGGUUACGUUACCGAGUGGUAUUGUGCAUUGAUCAUCGUGGGCAGCACACUGGUGGCUGCAAUUCCCAGCUUAAGCUGCACAUCAAAGAAGAGUGCAUUGUGCCAGUCCCUUGUUACAAGCCCAAAGAGAAAAACCCUGUUGAAGCAAAGUUGCCUUGGUUCAAGCAAGCCCAUGAAGCAGAGGAGGUCAGGACUGUGUCUGAAGAGCCAAUGUUUAUUCCUGGUCCAUGGUCACCUUGCAGUGCUUCUUGUGGUCAUGGUAUUCAGGUGCGUGAAGUGAAGUGCCGUAUUUAUCUCGCAUUUACUCAGACUGAGGUGGAGCUGCCUGAUGAAGAGUGUGAGGAACCCAAACUGGUGACUGAACGUAGUUGUUACGUGGAAUCCUGUGAUGGUGAUCCUGUCCUAUUCAUCCCAGACGUUUCACCUUCUGAAGACACUGGUGAUGUUGUCUAUGACUGGGAAUACAUAGGAUUUACUCCAUGCUCAGCUACAUGUAUUGGAGGGACUCAGGAAGCCAUUGCGGUGUGCCUACAUGAGCAGACAAAGCAAACUGUAAAUGAUAGCCUGUGUGACAGCUCAAAAAGACCUCCAGCAAUGAGUCGUGUGUGCAGUACAAGGCUUUGCCCCCCAAGGUGGCAGGUGGGACCCUGGAGACAGUGUACAGCCACUUGUGGCGUUGGGAUCCAGACGAGAGAGGUACACUGCCAGCAACCUGGAGGAUCUGUUGUUGGGUCUGAAAACUGCAAAGACAAGAAGCCUCAUGCUUUGCAAGCUUGCAAUCAGAUUGAUUGUCCUCCAGUUUGGCAUGUUGAAGAAUGGGGACAGUGUUCCCAAACCUGUGGUGGAGGCACCCAGAAUCGCAAAGUUACUUGCCAGCAGCUAUUGAUGGAUGGGAGCUUUCUGAAACUUCCCAAUGAGAGCUGCCAUGAACUUAAACAGUCCACACACAAACCUUGUGCAAAAACAGAUUGCCCUCCACAACUGAUUCUGGAAGAAUGGUCCAAGUGUUCUGUAAGCUGUGGUGCUGGGACACAAAGAAGGAAAUCCACUUGCCAGAAGCUGACAGCCAAAGGCCAGCAUCUUGCCUUAAAUGCGUCGGUGUGUAGCAACCACCCAGUACCUCCACUUGUAAGGCCUUGUCACAUGAAUGCCUGCAACAAGAUGAAGCAAGAAACAAAAUCAAAACUGUUUGGAAAGUAUGCUUCCCAUGGGCCACAGAUUCUCAGCAUCCACAGAGUCUACAUACAGACGAGGCAAGAAAAACGCAUUAAUUUUACUAUCGGGAGCCGAGCAUAUUUGCUUCCCAAAACAUCUGUCAUCAUCAAAUGCCCAGUUCGGAGAUUCCAGAAGUCACUUAUCCAGUGGGAGAAAGAUGGACAGCAGCUCCAAAUUUCAAAGAGGCUUGGCAUCACAAAAUCAGGAUCACUCAAGAUAAAUGGUCUUGAGGCUUCAGAUAUUGGAGUGUACAAGUGUAUUGCAGGCUCAGUACAGGAGAUGUUUGUUCUGAAGCUCAUUGGCACAGACAACAAGCUAAUAGAGCCACCCAUUUUUAGAAAGCCCCCGGAUGGGAGCAGCAACACAGAACAUAAUGAGGCCAACAGCUUUGGAGCCAAGUGGCAUAAAAUGAGCCAGAUGUGGCAGCUGUGGAGCCAGAAGAGUGAACAGUAUGUAGGUGAUGGCCAAGUCAAUGAUCAGCCUUUCCUGCGACAUCUUGAAGCCCAUACAAGAAAUUCAGCAGAAGAAUAUGGCUCCCGUGAAUUCAAAAACAAGCGACUUGAGGCAGUGGUUCUCCCUGGUGCUUACAGUAUGGACACAGUACAUUUUGAGGAGCUGAUAAAGAAUUUGAGUCAUCUUGUUGAGGUUGGAGAAGUCAAUGAUGACUUGGCUUCCCAUCUCAUCUAUCAGUUGAUUGCUGAAUUAUCCAAACCACCACAGGGCAUUUCUGAAAAACUGAAGGAACCACAAGAAGAGAAGUUGUCUUCCAGGAAACCUGCCAAAUCUCCAGAUUUGUUUGAUAAUCUCAGCACAAAGCCACAAGGCAGUACAAUGACAAUAAGCCAAGGGAACCCAGUUAUUGUAAAGCAAAAAGGAGGGCCAAAGGUUUAUUCAAACAAAACAAUAACUGUGCAUGUUGGGAGUACCCUUUUUUUAUCAAAGGAUGUCCAGGUUGUAAAUUUGGUUUGUGAAACACUUGGGGUUAGCAACCCUAAAUAUACUUGGAUGAAAGAUGGGACAGACUUAAAAUUCUCUGAAAGUGUGAUUAUGGAAGCCAGUGACAAAAUCCAAAUUUUGAAUCCCACCAAGAAAGAUAUGGGUGUUUAUCAGUGUACAGUGGAGAAUGAGUUUGGUUCUGACAUAGAAACAUCUGCUCUGUUUUAUGCAGAAGCUCCUGCUAUAUUGUCUUCAGUAAGAAAUAUCACAACAUUUGAACUUCGGAACCUUUCUGUGGUUGUUGGAGGUACUGUCCUGGCAAGAACAGGAAUAAACAUUAUGCUGGACUGUCCACUGAAAGGUCUUCCUCAGCCUGAGAUAAUGUGGCUGAAGGACAAAGAUUCCCCCAAAGACCAUGUUUUCACAGUUAGGAAUGGCUCCUUACUCCUGAAUAAUGUUUCUCGUGAAGAUGCAGGAGCCUACACUUGUGUGGCCACCAAUGCUCUUGGACAAGCUCUAGCCACAACUUUUCUUCAGCUGACUGAUAAAAGCUUUCAGGGGCCUAGCAAUGGAACAUCCACCAGUCGUAAGAGAAAACGUGUCCUUAUGGCAUCUGGGAUUGGUACCAACAUUACUGUAGUGCCCGAAGCUCUGUUACGUAUAGGUUGUCCAGUACAUCCUUCUAGAAAGAACACAAUUCACUGGUUCUUCAAAAAUCAACCAGUUGAAGAAAUUCAAGGCUUCACUUACAGAACCUUGGUCCAGGGGCGCAUCCUGGAGGUGAAUAUUGUGUCUGACCAUUUUGCUGGGCAGUACAGAUGCUGGACCUCCUCAAGUGACAAGCCAUUGUCUGUCUGGUUGAAUGUCAAGAAGAAAGAAUAUAAAUGGGAACUUGGGGAGUGGUAUCCUUGUUCUGCUACUUGUGGAAAUUCUGGGACCCAUUUUCGAAGGCUCCAGUGUGUAAAUGAGGAGGAACAAAAGGUGAACAAGUCACUAUGCAGAGAUAGUGUGAAGCCAGUUAUAGAUUAUCAGCCUUGCAACAUCCAUGAUUGUCCUGCCAGGUGGGCAACAAGCGCUUGGUCUGAGUGUUCUGCUUUAUGUGGCAAUGGGUUUCGCCAACGGCAAAGAGUCUGCAAACAAGUCAAAGCCAAUGGCACUGCUGUAGUGUUGCCUCUGAGCAGCUGCACAAAUAAAGAACGGCCUUUGGAAAGGAAACCUUGCAUAGGGCAUUCUUGUACAGAAUGGGUCAUUCAUUCGUGGGGCCAGUGCACUGGUCACUGCAUAGGCCAUGGAGUGGGGUUACAGCACCGUCUCAUUCAGUGUCAGUAUCAAAAUGGAUCCAUGGUAUCAAACUCUCUGUGUGAUGCCAGGAAAAGACCAUCUGUUAGAAGAAACUGUUCUUCAGAGAAAUGUGAAGUGUACUGGCGGGCAGGUCCCUGGCGUCCUUGUACUGUUGACUGUGGAAGUGGAUUCCAGUCACGGCAAGUCAGGUGCAUACACAGGAGAAGUAAGAGACUUGUAGCAGAUCAGUCUUGUACCUGGAGGAAGAGACCAGUGACUUGGCAGCAUUGCAAUGUCACGUCCUGUGACCGUAUGUAAAGCGUUUAUUUCCAUUUUUGAACUUGUUCACUUGUGGCAAACUGCCGAACUCUGGAAUGAAGUUGAUAAGCCAUCAACUAAACCCACUUUCCCUAAUAAUUAGCAAACAAAGUUUCCCCACUUCACAAAAUGAUACUGAAGCAAAUGGACACCAAACUAGGCACAGAGCUAUAUUUACUUAAUACAUCUUGUCCAUGAAUGAGUCUCCAAGCAGCCUUCAGAUUACUCUGGGAGUUUUGAAUGCAAGACACAAGGAGAGGGAAUGUUGAUAUUUUUGCUUGGUCUUACAUUCUCGUUGCCCCAAAUGAGAUACUGGCCUGGGACACCAGAGCAUUGCUUAUUCUGAGGUGUAAUGAUGUGACUGUGCAUUUUCACUCUUGUCACAUUUCAAUGUAUUUUUCAGAAGGCGAAUGCAAAGAUACAACUCACUACUGUACAUUUGUAAAGCAACUAAAAUUAUGCUUGAUAGACCUCUACAGACAAAGGUGUUGUCAGUCAUGUGGAGAAGGUUAUUCUGUGGGAGAUUCAUGAUUCCACGGUGAAGAUACUGCAAGAAUAGACUUCUGAGUAGUAAAGACAAUCAGUCAAGAAUACGUGGAGUUGGUGAAAAGAAAUUUAUGUGAAUAUUCUGUACAGGAACCACCUCUUCCUUGGUUCCCCCAUCAAAAAGAAAAGAAACAAUACAAGGACUUUAAUAGAUGUUUGAGCUUUGAGGUUAGUAGAGCAUAUUACCAUGGUUCUGUGUUGUGUAAAAAGCAUUACAACUUUAACAGGAGGCAGGGUGAGUUGUGGAUUCAAGGCAUCCUCCCUGCUGUGCAAAGAGCAAUUGUAGUUUAGCGUACACAGCAUUUUGACAAACAUUGGAAGGCUGCAACCACUCCACUCUCCUUGUUGCCUCCCUGGUUUGAUCCACUGUAAGACAAUUGUCAAAAUGUAUGGAAACAGCAGUCUGUGGCUAUAAUUUCCCCCUCAGAGGUUACACUCCUAUAACAUUUUGACAAAGAGGACUUUAUCACAGACCUUGUUUUAUUAAGAUUAACUGUCAGAUGGACCGCAGGGUCCACCCCUAUCAUUUAAGUGCUUGCAAUAAGAUACAAUGUGGAUGAUGUUAUUAAUUUCAGGCCUGCCACAGGAUUGUUUUCAAACCAGUGAGGUGUCAAGGGGAGCUGGAGGUGUCCUGCACUUCCACUUUAGUCUCACUGGAAUCUGAUCAAAGCUUGGAUGUGAUUACUUAAACUAGGUUCAACAUUUUCUACACAGGAGCUUGGAGUUUCAUUCUCCCGUGGCACUGCUUCCACAUAAGCGGGAAGCUACAUCUGGGGCACUCGCCUAUAGUGCGGGCGCACUCUAUUUCUAAAUCAUUAGCAGGAUAGUAAUACAUCUGUGUGAAAACCAAAUGCGCAUUCUACCCACUUUACUGUGUUAGUAAUGUGCUCUUAUCACGUUAUUGCCAUCUGUGUGUGAAAACCAUUUGUUCAUUUGUGCGGUUUUGCGCAAUGUGGAUGCUUUAAUACUUUAAUGGGAUGGUGGCACAUAUGAUCCCCAUGUGAUAAAGUCCUAAGUUUCUUAUGUGUAUUUGGCUGGCUAUUGGUUUAGAAAUGAGAUACAAGACUAGACCUAUAGUGUUAAUGCUAUGGUAGAGGACAUUGUCUGCUUGAUUUUCAUUUGCAACUCCUGUACUCUUGCACAAAUGUCUGAAGGUAUGUUUUGUUGAACCGGAACCUCUGGUUGAAUAUCAAAAAAGUAACACCUGUCCAAGAUUUUGUUUCUUUCCAAACUUUAUUAGAAAAAGAUUUAUUUACUAUGGUUUGGGUUUUACCUCAUUGACAAUUCAGCUAGCGGUGUGAUGUCUGUAUAGAAGCCUUUAAUAUAGAAAUGUGGUUCCAAGCUAGAAAAAUAAAAUUUCAGGAAAAGUUUAACUGAAUGUUGUUUAAACAUAGUAGUUUUCAACAUGCAUAGAAAUUUUAACAUUCAAGAAUCUCUUUAAAUAUUUAGUUCCCACACCUGCAAGCUGGAGUGUUACAGAAGGUAAAGCUUUACCAUUUGAUUCUUCACAGAUAUAUAAACUGGUCCUUCUAGGACACAUUGAUAUCAAUGAAAUGAAGCUCUUCUGUUCAAUUUUCUUUCAAGACUUUAAGCAAUUGACUCUGGCCAAAUCAUUACUCGAAGUUGUAACCCUACCGUGGAUCUUUGUUGUUUUUUAAUACCAUUUUUAAAUUAAAACACAUGUAAUAUACUUUUGUAUAUAUUUAUUAUCUGAUUUAAAAGUGCAAUAUUUUUGUACAGUGUGUAAUAAAGAUUUUGGAACA